CGUACCGGCUGAAAGCAGGCGCAGACACCGGCAGAGGAGGACGACGGGCCCGACGCAGCUGUCGCUUCUCGUCUCGACGCUCCGCUCUCGGCUUCACCCUCUUCUUUUUUUUUUACAACCGUUUCCGUCUGCAAUCAAUGAAGGAGCGACGCUCGUGCCAGAAACCGUCUCUGAAAUCCGCCAUGGAUGCCAGUCAGAGUGUGAAGUGUAAGAUCGUGGUGGUGGGAGACAGUCAGUGCGGGAAGACUGCGCUGCUUCACGUGUUCGCCAAGGACUGUUUCCCCGAGAGCUACGUCCCCACGGUGUUCGAAAACUACACGGCCAGUUUUGAAAUCGACACCCAGAGGAUCGAGCUGAGCCUGUGGGACACCUCAGGGUCUCCGUAUUAUGACAACGUGAGGCCUCUCUCCUACCCAGACUCCGACGCUGUCCUCAUCUGUUUUGACAUCAGCCGCCCUGAAACGCUUGACAGUGUACUGAAAAAGUGGAAAGGGGAGAUCCAGGAGUUUUGUCCCAACACCAAGAUGCUGUUGGUCGGCUGCAAGUCAGACCUGCGGACUGAUCUGAGCACGCUGGUGGAGCUGUCCAACCACAGGCAGACGCCAGUGUCCUACGACCAGGGUUCCAGCAUGGCCAAGCAGAUUUCGGCGCCCUACAUCGAGUGCUCUGCUCAGCAGUCGGAGAACAGCGUCAGAGACAUUUUCCACGUGGCCACGCUGGCUUGCAUUAAUAAAAACAACAAGAACGUCAAGCGCAGCAAGGCCGCCCGCGCCAACAAGAGGAUUUCACACAUGCCCGGCAGACCCGACCUGGCGGCCGUGGCCUCGGACCUCCGGAAGGACAAAGCCAAAAGUUGCUCGGUUAUGUGACUUCUCGGACGGAGGGGCAUUGGACUGAGGAGAAUGAGGACGGAGCACAGUGAAAGCAGGAAACUCUGUGGCGAUGCUCUUUCCUGCAUGCUAAAGACCCCUUAUUUGUCUGGAAAGGGGGCCUGUAAGCUUCAAUUCAUGUACAUGUUCCUGGAAUACUCUGCACCAAUGAUAACUCAAUGCAUAGUAGCAACCCAACCCACAUGGCCCCCAGCCCCACCAGGCGAGGAAGCUAUCUGUCAGCAGAAUACCUGCUGGAGGGGGAGGGGGGGGGGGGGCGACCUGCUUCCUGUGGGAGGACAAAGUGGACAUGCUCAAGGUUUUCCACACAGGCAGGAAAUGAGCUGGAGUGAUGUCACAAGGAGAUGCCCAUUUGUCAAGGACUGGGUGUGAGGAUGUGGUUUUUGCUGCCUGGGAACAGGAGGAGCUGCUGUUGUUUGUGCCGGAUCAAAGACUUUUCGCUCGGAGGGCUUCUACAACAACUCGUCACUGUGGUUUGCCAUGGACCCACCCUCACUCCUGUUUCGGUAACUGUUGGUCUGUGUGCACAGGGCGUCGGAGGCAUUUCUUAGGCCUGUGCAAAGGAAAUUCUAUGCUGUGUGUUCCCCGUCUCGGAUGUGGUGUCAGUGUGUGAAGUCAUUGGUGUGUAACUGCGUCAUUGUUUAAUUUUAAGACCUGAAUGCUUCCUGUGAUCACCAUAGAGCUUUGAGAGUUCAAACUGCAUGUCUGCUCUAGUCAGACACCAUCAUUUGCCUGUUUAUUUCACCACAGCAGCUCUAGAUUCAUAAUUUCUCCCAGAAGACCGAUUAUCCCAGCCAUUUUCUGCUGACAGGUUUAUGGAGACCUUUGUUUCUUAGAGAUAUGGAAGGAAAUGGAACCAAACUGCAGUCAGCUAUUUUUUUUUUCCUCAAUGGACCAAAAUAUUUCACUAAUUUUGUCUAAAAGGCUUCCAGCCACUCUGAGCUGUGAUUCACUUUCCCACUGCACUUUAAAAAACAGGAAGCUUUACUGGAGUUUUCUGACUCUGCUGUUGGGUGAAAUCAACGGAGGCCUGUUCACACCAGAACUUAAAAUCUCUGGGUUUGUCACAGGAUCAAUCUGUAAAGGUAAAUGCUGGAAGAACAGUUUGAACUCAUUGUCCUGUCAUCAACCAAGUAAACAGGAUAACAGCCAAUAGUAGUAUUAAGUCAAGUAAUGGAACCACACAUUGAAAACCCAUUGGCGAUCGUUUCUAGUGCGACCACGUCUUGGCUCAAACUGGAUGAUUCUGUUUUCCUGUGUUUCUAGCUUUGAGUGUUUAUGAAGACCUGGGGGUCACAAUGUUAAGAAAUGGGGUCCGUUAGAAAACUGUUCUUGAACUCGUGAUUUUAACAACCGUGAAAUGAUAAUCUGCUCAAACAUCAAAGGUAUUGAUGCACUUUUAGCGUAACAGUUAAACUUGGGUGUCUCAGCUCUCAUCUCGAUUUUCUGAUUUGUCUUUUCCCUGUGUAUAUUAUCAUGUUUUUGAAUGUUGACGUCCUCUUCCAAUGUCUUUGCUGAUGCUGUUGCCGCAAUAUUUAUUGAAUUAUAUAUUUUCCCUUUAGAAUAAAUGCAAAUGAAAUUAAA